CCAGAGUCGCGCUGUUAUGGGACAGGAUCCUAAAACCGUUUAGUGUGCAGUGAAGAGGCUGCCUAAAGGAGGUCUUACCAUCAGAGAUGAGGCAACCGGUGUUGUGACGUUGAAGACAGAGAUGGCAGGGGACACCAGCACAUUGUCCUGGAAACUGUCGAGUUCCCCUGGUCCGCAGGGAGACACGGGGGGCCCUGAUCUUGGGGUUGCAAGUGAUGAACGACCCGUCAAGAUCCUGAAGGUGUGCUUCACCAGCAACAGCUCGAACCCAGGCAAAAACUUCAAAUUGGUCAAGUGUGAUAGCGACUGGGAGAUCAGGGCCAUCAUCCAGUCCAUCCUGGACAGUGGUCGGCUUGGGCCAAACAUCCUGUACCCACAAUGCUUUGGGCUCCUGCUGAAGCACCUGAAAUCAAGCGAGGUCCACUGGCUCCACCCACUGAUGACCGUUGGGGAGGUGGAGCAGAAGUAUGAGCAGCAGCACGUAGAGGCAGAGUGGAGAUAUGACUUGAGGAUCCGCUACAUUCCCAAGGACUUCCUGGAGAAGUUUAAAGAAGAUAAAACCACCCUGCUUUAUUUCUACCAACAGGUACGUUCUGACUACAUGCAGUACUACGCCUCCAAAGUGAGUGACGGUAUGGCCCUACAGCUCGGCUGCUUGGAGAUACGGAGAUUUUGCAAAGACAUGACCGCCAACGGCCUGGAGAAGAAAUCCAACUAUGAACAGCUAGAGAAAGAUGUGGGCCUCCACCUUUUUUUCCCACAGGAGCUCAUCGACAGUAUGAAGCCCAAGCAGCUGAGGAAGAUGAUUCAGCAGACCUUCCUGCAGUACGCCACUCUGAAGGAUAUAGACUGCAUGGUGAAGUUCUUCCAGACAUUCGCUGUCUUCAACAGCUGUGACGAAGAGGUCUUUGCUUGUGAGCUUGUGCAAGGUUGGAGUCUGGCCGUAGAUUUGGUCAUCGGUCCCAGAGGGAUCUGCCAGCGUACAGACAAGAACUCCACGCCCAUCUGCCUGGCCACCUUCGACCAGGUCAACAGCGUGAAAUGCUCCCAGAAGGACGAUGGGAAAGCACUUUUAUCUAUAGACAUACAAGGAGCCAGACAGCCUUUGACGGUAAAUACAGCCACUCUCGCUAUAGCUGAGAAUAUGGCGGACCUCAUCGAUGGCUACUGCCGAACGGAGAAAGGGAAUGACACAUCUGUGAUUGUGAAGCCUAACAAAGGUCGAGAGGCAAGAAAUUCUCUACCUCCAAUUCCAGACAAAAACAAAGACGCCAGCAAAUGCAUCAGCACUGUAGGGUCAGAUAUAUAUGCAGAGAUCCCGGAGCAAGAUGCUGUAAACACUCAGAAGUAUGGCCUGUCAAGGGAUGAUAUUGUGCUGGGUCGCAUCCUUGGUGAAGGGUUCUUUGGGGAAGUUCAUGAAGGCUGCUACAAAAGUCGGACUGGUGAACGCAUCAGUGUGGCCGUGAAGACGUGCAAGGACUGCGCUCCUGAUGUAAAGGAGAAGUUCAUGAGUGAAGCAGUGAUCAUGAAGAAUCUGGAUCAUCCCCAUAUUGUGAGUCUUAUCGGAAUCAUUGAGGAUGACCCGGUGUGGAUUGUCAUGGAGCUUUAUCAACAUGGAGAGCUUGGGAAUUAUCUGCUAGAGAACCAGCACACCCUGACCAACGUCACCCUGGUCCUGUACUGUCUGCAGAUUAGCAAAGCGCUGGCCUAUUUGGAGGGAGUUAACAUGGUGCACAGAGACAUUGCUGUGAGGAAUAUACUUGUGGCAAAGCCAGACUGUGUGAAGCUGGGAGACUUCGGCUUGUCAAGAUACAUAGACGAGGAGGAGUAUUACAAAGCCUCUAUCAGUCGACUGCCUAUUAAAUGGAUGGCACCAGAAUCCAUCAACUUCAGACGGUUUACAUCGUCAAGUGAUGUCUGGAUGUUCGCCGUCUGCAUGUGGGAGAUCAUGAGCCGUGGCCAGCAGCCCUUCUUCUGGCUGGAGAAUAAAGAUGUCAUCAACCAGCUGGAGAAGGGUGUGCGUCUGCCCAAGCCAGAGGACUGCCCUCCCACGCUCUACUCCAUCAUGACUCGCUGCUGGACCUACGACCCCCACCAGAGGCCAAAGUUCACCGAGCUGGUCUACAAGCUGAGUGAUGUCCAUAAGAUGGAGAAGGACCAGGAAGUGGAACUACAAAGGGACAAGGCCCGCUCCUGUAGAACUCUAAAUGAGCCACCACCAAAGCCGUCACGGAUGAGGUCCUCCUUGCGCAGAAACCCCUCGGGGCUUCAGAUUCAGCUGCCUGAGGCGCUGUGUGCCAGCUCGCCUGCCAUCGCUAGCCCGCCGGACCCGCGUGCCAGCUUCUUCCAGGGCCGCAGCACGCUCACGCUGCCGGUGUCGCCACGCCGACGCAGUCUGGGGGAGAGAGCGGCACCGUCCAGCAGAGAGGAUGCUCAGAUGCUGUGGGAGAUGGAGAAGCAGCACAUGCAGGACACGCUGAGGAGACAAAAGGAGCAGAUGAGGGAGGACAGCGACUGGCUCAGACAGGAGGAGAAGAUGCUGGACCCAAUGGGACAGGACUUGGCAAAAACAGAUACGAAUUCUGAGGGGGAGACAGGAUAUGCCCAGUUCAAAAGUCCUCCAGACAAGCCUCCUCGACUGACCGCCCAGCCAGCUCCCACUGCAGAGCUGGACCGCUCAGAGGAUGCAGUGUACCACAACGUUAUGGAGAUGGUCAAGAUGGUGGUGCAGCUGAAGAACGAUGUCAAUAUGCAGCCCCCCUCUGAAUACGUCAACUUAGUGAAGUCUGUUGGGUUGACCCUGCGGAAGCUGAUCAAUAGUGUGGAUGAAGCUCUUCCAAACUUGGACAAAUCCAGCAAGACAGAGAUCGAAGGCACUCAGAAGCUGCUGAAUAAAGACUUGGCAGAGUUGAUCAGUAAGAUGCGUCUGGCGCAGCAGAACGCCAUCACCUCUCUGAGGGAAGAGUGCAAGAAGCAGAUGCUGACCGCUGCACACACGCUGGCCAUGGACUCCAAAAACCUCCUGGAUGCCGUGGACCAGGCCCGCAUCCGGGCCAGCGUAGCCAAACCGACCUCUGAGCCAACCUAGACCCCGGCCAUGCACCUAGAAUCCACUCCUCUUGACCCCCCCCCCCCCAGAGACAUUCAGC